UUCGGUUCGGUUGACCAACUGGCUUUUUCGGCCAUGGUCCUCUCCUUCAUCCUAAUCCAGAAUCGUCAAGGGAAGACAAGGCUGGCGAAGUGGUAUGCGCCGUAUAGUGAUGAAGAGAAGGUCAAGCUGAAGGGCGAGGUCCACCGCCUCAUCGCCCCCCGCGACCAGAAGCACCAAUCCAAUUUCGUCGAAUUCCGCAACAUGUCCAAGAUCGUGUAUCGCCGCUAUGCAGGUCUCUUCUUCUGCGCCUGCGUCGACACAAAUGACAACGAGCUUGCGUACCUCGAGGCAAUCCAUUUCUUUGUUGAGGUGCUGGAUGCAUUCUUCGGGAAUGUGUGCGAGUUGGACUUGGUCUUUAAUUUCUAUAAGGUUUAUGCGAUUCUGGAUGAGGUAUUUCUGGCGGGGGAGAUUGAGGAGACGAGUAAGCAGGUGGUGUUGACCAGGUUGGCGCAUUUGGAUAAGUUGGAGUAG